CGCCAUCUUAAACCCAGUGAUUCAACAGCAGUAGCCAAGUUGUUCCUUGACUGCUGAGGGGGUAGUCGAAGGAUUCGCUGGUGAUUUGUUUUUUAACGUAUUUUUUUUUUCCCCACGAGGCGUUGGUUUUAUCCACCUAAACGCAAGGAGACGGAUUUGUGGCUUUUGACAAGGGUAGGCAUCUUCGUUAAAUAAUCUGUUUUUAAUAUUUAUUUGGAUUUAACAUAAUGUUUUGCGUUGUAUUUGGUGGUUAGCUAGCUUAGUUAGCUAGUUUGUAGACAAAUGUUUUCCGCAGUCCAAAUUCACAUUGCUUGCCACCGCCUAUCUAUCAGUGCAUCACGAUCACGACAACUAGUCGUACAGAAUUGAUUGGAAUUCACAGGAAAUAUGAUUUUAGCAGAAACUAAUUGUAUUCCUUUCUAACCUUUUAGCCAGCUAACUAUGUGGAUAGCAGUCUGCGCCAUGGCCCGGACACUCCCCGCUAGUCCGCUAGCUAGCCUUUGCUAGUUGCCGUAAACGAGGCUAGCUAGCUAGGUCAACAUUCCAGCGCUCUGACUCAUGUUAGUGGUUGUGAGAAACAACUGGCUAGUUAAUAACUAUUGAUACAGCUGGCUGGAGAACGUUUUGCCCUGUGACUUUAUUAACUGGCAGAAAUGUAAGUUACGUUAGCAAAAUAACUAUUUAAGAUUAAUGAGGGAGAAAACGUUAGCUGCUUGAUUGGAAAAUGUUUGUUGGCUGGCUAGAUAGAUAAAUGGUUCCAUUGCUAGUGUAGCUAGUUAUGUCGAAAUGGAUGGUAAUAGCGCAAACACUAUCCCACGUCCAACAGUAACUUCAACUGAUUUGACUGUAAAUAAAGUAAGGUAAAUUCAAUGGGAGGUGCCCAUUGUAACUUUAAGAGGAUUUGUUAGCUAACAUUAGCAAAGUCAGCAAAUAUUUUGUUUCAUUUCGUCAAACGUGACUUUGCUAUCAGUGACUUUGCUAUCAAUAAAUUAAGUUUUGUUUUAGGAACUGGGUAAACUUUUUAUUUUUUACUGGUCGUCAAUUUCAACAAAGACUGACAAAUUCCUUCGCCGUUGUGAUUUGAGAGGAUGUUGAGGAGGAGCUUGACUGAAAUUUGAGUAUGUUGCUAAUCGGAAAUUCGGGCAGUCUGAAGUGGACUUGGUUGUAUGUGGGGGUGGGGAGCUAGCUCGCUGGUGGAAUAUUUUUCUGCUCUUGGCACGGAUAUCUAGGGAAACACAGCGGAACUACUCCGGAAAAUACCCCACAAAGAACCCAACUACGUUUUUUUUUUUUUAAAUCGGGAUCCUCUCACCACGCCUGCAAAUGAUAAUUUCACCUUGGAGGUGAUUUGCGACUUGGAAAACGUGCAUACUGUCUUUGGUUUCGACGUAACGUAUGUUUGCUACAAAAUAGUGACAAUACAAUAACGUUGCCACGGAUAUUUUCCGUGAUUCAUCUACCCACUAACAAUAGCAUACUUUCCUGGAGGUUUGGUGGCUUGCUAAAUCACAGUAACCUCUUUUUGAUGAACAGGCGUCGGCUAUCGAAACUUCGGUCUUGAGCAAGGUAUGCCACAUACCUCUGUGAAUUCGUUGUUUUUGAGAGUCCCGUUUUUUAGAAUGAAAUUGAGGUUUUAGAAUUUGAUGCCGUACUUUUCUCCAACUUUUACAGAAGACUGAUGCUGGUAUUUAUCGACACAACAACCUCAUUUUGUUUGCACUUGAGGAUAGUAGCUCAGACCACAAGGGCAUGAUCCAUGAGUGGUUACAUGUCUAGCGCAGUUAAGAAACCAAGUAAUGUUGUUGUCUCAAGUCAAAUUCAGAGAAACUGUUAAAUUCGUAGCAACUGUUCCAGUCCAUUUGCUUGGAUUCUACUAGUAAAUGACGAGUAGUAGCCUAAUACAGUAAACAAUACUAGUUUUCUGAGACAGGAUGGGUCUUGUUUGACAUUGUCAUGUAUUUGAAUUAAAAUCCUCUUUAUUGGUGGGUGUUUAGUUAAAACCUUAGCUGUAAUUGAAUGGCUAAAGGCUCUAGACAAUUUGGCCAUGGUAGUAUGCACAGUUGGCCAAACGGUGUACCAGGAGCUAGUAGAGCUGUGACUGCUGACCAUGCACAUUGCUCUGUCUGAGGGGGAGAAAUGGUCUGAAAUUCAACUCACAAUACAGCAGCUACCAAGCUUUCUCUGACUGGUAGUCUUGUUGAACAGCCAUGUUCAUAUGUUAUAUUUAACUGUCCUCGGCUGAAUUUCUCAAUUGCUAUCUUCUGGUGCUCUAGGAAUCCAUGUCCUUUUAAAUGGAGCUUUAAGUCCCAGUGUGUCUAUCCCAGGCCAAUAUAGUAGUGUUUUGAGUCAGACUCCCUCCACCACAUGUUGUCUGCCAUUUUGCCUACUAGACUUUUACUGCAUGCAUUCCAAGCGGAUGUGCUGAAUAAUCUCCAUAGAAGCUGUGCAAGAGUGACUAUUAAACAUUAUAGGUAUGAUGACGAGGACAAGUGUCUCAUCGCCCCUUUUUAAAAGUGCAGCCUCUUACUCUCUGUGAUUCAUACUGCUCUUUACAGUUUAAAUGGAAUAAAUCAGAUUGAAUUGCCAGGGAGUGUUUUGGAUGUUGAUUGGUGUGCUGCAGUUUAUUAACCUGACUCUCAUUGUCUGCUGAGUUCUGAUAAUGACCCAAAUGGGGUAAUGAGCAGAGCAACCUCUGCCUGUCUGUCUACCCAUUUGACUCCAGAAACUCCUUCUGUUCUAUACAAGAGGAGCCCAGUCAGUGUAGCUACUGCUCUGCAUGUUGAUUUUAACUUCCCCACCAGAGGGUCUGGUGAUACUGGGGGUAAAAUGACUCAAUCAUUUGAAUGGAAUUCAUUACACUUGUAUAAACGAAAACACACUAAGUUGUGAUUGUAUCUCUGCCUUGUGUCCUGCUAAUGCUGUAGCAGGGUGUUUUGUAGGGCUGGGAGGAUACCAGUAUUGCAACAACAAGAAUCCCAUGGCAAAUAACACGAAGCAGACAAGUCUUCGGUCCUUUAAAAACCCAUUGUAUGUAAAAUAUUGUUUGCUAUAGCUUGGGGAAACAAAUGACAUUAGGGCUGUUUUCCUAAAUGUUGAAUCUGCUUUGUUUUUUGUUUCCUUGCCACGAUACUAACGAGUAUCAUGAUACGGGUAUUGUCACGGCCCUGGUUUUGCAUACGACCUGUCUGAGGGAUCAUGUUGGAUUGAAUGGUUGAGGGGUCCAUAGAUUUGUUGUGAAGCGAUAGGCUAUUUUUUGCGUCAGUCAUUUAUAAUGGAGCUAUUAUCAAAAUCCUCUUAACAAUUUUUUUUUACCACUAAUCCAGUGACUGGGUUUGUCCAUGGUGUGUAAAAUGUAAUGGCUAGCUAUCCUAAAAACAUGAUUCUCUCAGCAGAAAAUCUAAGUCACGUUUAUAAGACAUCAUUGGGUGGUCCUCUGUAGCUCAGCUGGUAGAGCACGGCGCUUGUAACGCCAAAGGUAGUGGGUUCGAUCCCCGGGACCACCCAUACACAAAAAAAAUUAUGCACGCAUGACUGUAAGUCGCUUUGGAUAAAAGCGUCUGCUAAAUGGCUUUAUUAUUAUUAUUAUUAUUAUUAUUAUUAUUAUUAUAACAAUAUGAAGUCUUUGUUAUGAUGGCCUGGCGAAUGAGCCAGAUGGCAGUUACCAGCCCUCCCAUACGCAAUGUCAGCCUCUCCUGUCCCCUCCCUGUCUACCUGGCAGUGGGGCUGAACCUGAGGGGGGCUGAAACAUAUUUUUAUUUCCCCCCUGUAAAAGUACAUUGCGUUGCAUUCCAUGUCUGCAAUGUGCUGUAUAAAUAAAGCUUGAUUUGAUUUGCUCCUCUAGAACCCAGAAUAUAGGCCUAGUCUAUAGCAGAACAGUCUCUUUGGAAUUCUUAUUUAUUACUCCAUGGGACUGUACUUGCCAUAUUUUUGUUUUUGAGGAUCAUGAUAGGGGAUGUGUGCUACCAAUCUGCCAUAUUUUUUUGUUGCGGUCCCUUUGAAGCCCCCCCAUUCAAUUCCUCUCCUAUUCCCCACUACGUUUUUUUUAUUUGGCCUCCAUUAGUUUUGCCGCCAAGUUAGCGCUUCAUACAUGUAUCCUCCACGUUAGCAGGUACAUUUGAUGUCUAGGUAAUGCAGCCCUGAUUCUGUUUUUUUCCCUACGCUGGAAUUUAGCUGGUCCAAUGAAAAGGUUGCUUUGUGCUGUAUUUGUUUUUGGCAUGAUCUCGAGGUGGAAAUGACUGUAUGAAUGAACUCUGCUGUUCUGUUACUUUCAGAUCUGGAAGCUGUGCAGGCUGUGGUUUUUGAAAGUAACAUGGCUUCCCAGUGUAAGUAUUCUGUUUUUAGACUCCUUCCUUUUAGAAUAACUUAAACAUCGCUUCCCCUGAUUUUAAUUCCAGAUGGUUUUCCUCUUUGGUUGAACUGCCUCCAGGUAGCCUAAUGCUGGUGUUUAUUUUCUAACGUCUAGCUGAUCUGAUGGAGCUGGACAUGACAAUGGAGCCUGAUCGGAAGGCUGCAGUGAGCCACUGGCAGCAGCAGUCGUACCUGGACUCUGGUAUCCACUCUGGGGCAACCACCACCGCCCCCUCCCUGAGUGGGAAGGGCAACCCAGAGGAGGAGGAUGUGGACAACCAGGUGCUGUACGAGUGGGAGCAGGGCUUCUCUCAGUCCUUCACACAAGACCAAGUGGCAGGUAUGAAAUGACACUACAAUACCAUGGGAAUGCUUGAUUGGGAUUUUGAACAUGUCACAUGGUAUGAAGUCAAUAGAUAGUAGUUAGUGCUUCAUUCUACUGACAAACAUCAGCUUUUGGCUCAGACUCCUUUAGAGGAAUCUGGCCACCAUUUUAGAGAAGUGGCUCUGACCUAACCCCUCUUUCUUUCUCCAGACAUUGACGGGCAGUAUGCCAUGACCAGAGCCCAGAGGGUGCGUGCGGCCAUGUUCCCAGAGACCCUGGACGAGGGCAUGCAGCUCCCCUCCACCCAGUUCGAUGGGGCCCACCCCACCAAUGUGCAGCGGCUGGCUGAGCCCUCUCAGAUGCUGAAGCACGCCGUGGUGAACCUCAUCAAUUACCAGGAUGACGCCGAGCUGGCCACGCGCGCCAUCCCCGAGCUGACCAAACUACUCAACGAUGAGGACCAGGUGCAUAUAGCUAACCACAACCGGCCCGCUUUGGUCCCCAACCAACUAGGAAAUGCACCUAACCUAAUGGUGUUCAGUUCUAUGUUCUAGUCUCUCCAUAGAGUUCUGUGUUGUGGUCUUGUAUAGAGUUCUGGCCUGACCUCUUCCAUUCCUCCAGGUGGUGGUGAACAAGGCUGCAGUGAUGGUGCACCAGCUGUCCAAGAAGGAGGCUAGCCGCCACGCCAUCAUGCGCUCCCCCCAGAUGGUGUCGGCAAUCGUGCGCACCAUGCAGAACACCAACGAUGUGGAAACGGCCCGCUGCACCGCCGGCACCCUGCACAACCUGUCCCACCACAGAGAGGGUCUGCUGGCCAUCUUCAAGUCAGGGGGCAUCCCCGCCCUCGUCAAAAUGCUCGGGUAUGUCGGUCAUCCCUUGGACUGUAACCUAAUCUGUCUUGAGUGUUUCUAAGGAAGUUGUGUUUUUAAGAUGGAUUUGGGGUCACGAGGACUGAGUUGGGGGAAACUCUGCUCUAACAGUUCCCCCUCAAACACCCCUGAUUUUCUUUAGAUUGUUUCUCUGAAUUGGUGUCACUACAGCUACCUCCCUGUGUUUUCAGUUAACCUUUGGUACCUUCCAACCUAAAGUACUUCUAAGACAGUGACAUGUUUUUGCUAGUCCCUGCUGCCAUGUAGUUUGGUGUUGUCUUUAAAACUCUGUCUCCUCAGGUCCCCAGUGGACUCGGUGCUGUUCUACGCCAUCACCACCCUACACAACCUGCUGCUCCACCAGGAGGGCGCCAAGAUGGCCGUGCGCCUGGCCGGAGGCCUGCAGAAAAUGGUGGCCUUGCUCAACAAGACAAAUGUCAAAUUCCUCGCCAUCACAACCGAUUGUCUUCAGAUCCUUGCCUACGGCAACCAAGAAAGCAAGGUAAGGAACUUCCUGAUUUUAAUUCUUUUCAUUUACUGAUCUCUUGGGUAUUAUACAUAUUUGAUGCUUCGCUCCGUCCCCUAAUUUAGGCGUUGAUUGUGAUCCAUCUUGGUGUAUUUUAAGCAUCUUUGAUGCUACCCUCUGUCCCUCCAGCUUAUCAUCCUGGCCAGUGGCGGGCCUCAGGCCCUGGUCAACAUCAUGAGGACCUACACAUACGAGAAGCUGUUGUGGACUACCAGUAGAGUUCUCAAAGUGCUCUCUGUCUGCUCCAGCAACAAGCCUGCCAUCGUAGAGGCUGGUAUGUACUUCCUCUUAUUGACCUUUUUUUAUUGAUUCUGCCUCAGUACAUUUUAUCUUGCUCACGUUAGUUCAGUUAACUCUCCAUUGAUACUCCCAGCGAGCUGGGCUAAAGGCUAAUGUGUGUUUCUCCAGGUGGUAUGCAGGCCCUUGGGCUUCACCUCACAGACCCCAGUCAGAGACUGGUCCAGAACUGCCUGUGGACCCUCAGGAACCUUUCAGACGCUGCCACCAAACAGGUGAGGACCCGUCCCCACUAGCACACCUCUGUUCCUCUUUCCUACACCUUUCCUUCCUGAAUUCUUCCUACAUAAGAGCUCUCUUUCUGUCUCCCUGCCUUUUUCCAUGGAGAAGACGACCUUAGCUGAAGUAGAUGUGAUGCAGGUAAAAGUAGUCAUUCCUGCCUUUCUGUGUUGGCGCUAUGGCUAGUCAGAGCCAACUUCAUCUACAGCCCAGCUCAUCUUACCCUUAUGUUCAGCUGACUUACUAAAGGCUCAUUAAAGUAAAGUGUUAAACCCACCUGAAGAAGAGGAAUUAGUGUAAGCAUCUCUCUGAAAAGGAGCACGCAGUGGAAGGCUGUCUGGUGGUUAGCUGGGUGUGUGUUGGUCUGGUUGUGACAUUCCUCUGUGUUCCUUUGCUCUAACAGGAGGGUAUGGAAGGUCUGCUGGGGACCCUGGUCCAGCUCCUGGGCUCUGAUGACAUCAACGUGGUGACGUGUGCCGCCGGCAUCCUGUCCAACCUCACCUGCAACAACUACAAGAACAAGAUGAUGGUGUGCCAGGUUGGCGGAAUCGAGGCACUGGUCCGUACCGUGCUGCGUGCCGGAGACCGCGAGGACAUCACCGAGCCGGCCAUCUGCGCCCUGCGCCACCUCACCAGCCGCCACCAGGACGCCGAGAUGGCCCAGAAUGCCGUGCGGCUGCACUACGGCCUGCCUGUGGUGGUCAAGCUGCUGCACCCCCCCUCCCACUGGCCUCUCAUCAAGGUAAUUAUUUAUGAAAAUGGAGAUGUGGCCAAUUUAAUCAACGUUUUCAGUUUCCACAUCAGUGUAAGAUAGCAGAAUAACAUUUUUGUCUGUAGACUGAGUCCCCAACUUGGAAAUAACAGCAUGUCUACUUGUGUAUUUAAAUGAAGUGGUGUUAAUGUGAUCUCCUCCUCGCUUUCCUUCCAGGCCACAGUGGGUCUGAUCCGUAACCUGGCUCUGUGUCCAGCCAACCACGCCCCUCUGCGUGAGCAGGGAGCCAUCCCCAGACUGGUGCAGCUGCUGGUCAGAGCCCACCAGGACACUCAGAGACGCACCUCCAUGGGAGGCACCCAGCAGCAGUUUGUGGUAAGACGCACUGAAAAUGAAAUGCCACAAAGUGGUAAUGAUUUGACGCACACCUCUACACAGUGCAACUCCACCUGUCUCCCAAUAAGCACACAGAGGUUUACUCCAAUGCGCUCUGUAGUGUCUCUGAACUAACGGUUGUCCUGCACCACAGGAGGGAGUUCGUAUGGAGGAGAUCGUGGAGGGCUGUACUGGAGCUCUGCACAUCCUGGCUAGAGAUGUUCACAACAGAAUCGUCAUCAGAGGACUCAACACCAUUCCACUCUUUGUCCAGGUAAGACCACUAACCAACUUAACUACAGAAUUUGUGUAAAAAAAAAUAAUAAUCUGAUCUUUGCGACUCGUGACUUCCUCCCCUCUUGUUGCGCAGCUGUUGUACUCUCCCAUUGAGAACAUUCAGCGUGUGGCUGCAGGAGUUCUGUGUGAGUUGGCCCAGGACAAGGAGGCAGCGGAGGCCAUCGAGGCUGAGGGCGCCACCGCCCCCCUCACAGAGCUGCUCCACUCCAGGAACGAGGGCGUGGGUGAGUUAACAGGCCUCGGUCCACAACCAUCUCUCAUUCGUUGGCUCCUCAGAGCUAUCUUAUGGAUGAUUUAGCCCUCAGAAAUACAUAGAAAUGGCUGCCAUUCUAGAGCAAUGCAGGUCUAUGACAUCAAGUGAAUUCUAGAACAUCUAUGGUUUAGGCCUCUGUCCAGAAGGAUCUGUCUAGCUAGCCGUUGGUGCAUGACUUUCUAUGGAUGGUUGUGUUAAGGGAGACCACUCAACCAUGUUUCUCUGUUCUCUCCUCAGCUACCUAUGCUGCUGCUGUUCUGUUCCGUAUGUCUGAAGACAAGCCCCAGGACUAUAAGAAGCGCCUGUCUGUGGAGCUCACCAGCUCCCUGUUCAGGACGGAGCCUAUGACCUGGAAUGAGGUACAUAGUACUGCGGCUGUUUAAUCACUUCUGUCUGCUGCCAUCACACACUGGGGUGUGUCUCAAAUGGUGCCCGAUUCCCUAUAUAGUUCACUACUUUUCACCACGGCCCAUAGGUCUGUGGUCAAAAGUCAUGCACUAUGAAGGGAAGCAGCCUGGGAGACGCUGGGGAGCCAUGGCAAAUUACUUGAAGUGUCAUGCUUUAAAAUAACUUUAAAGUAUUAAAAAUGUGUCUGGAUCUGGAGCCAAGAGCCCUGUAUUUACUAAGGAAGUGUUUGUCCCAUGACACAACUUCUGGGCAGAACACCUUAGUGAUUACUGUCCACUGAUGUGACCCUCGUUCCUGAUCUUGUGUUCUGUUUCCUUCUCUCUCUAGACUGGAGAUCUGGGCCUGGACAUCGGAGCUCAGGGAGAUGCCCUGGGCUACCGUCAGGAAGGUAAGCACUGUCUCAUGAUGCCUAGUACUGUCCUGGUCUGCAGCUCUCAGCCUGCACCUGGGCUCCUCCAGUCCCAGUCCACCCCAACACUAACUCCCUGCCAGGCCCAGUCCACCCCAACACUAACUCCCUGCCAGGCCCAGUGUGCUAGUUAGCUAAAGCUUGCAACUGGUCAGCAGCACAGCAGUCUGCUUUAGAUUGCAGACCAAGUAGUUUGGAUUGGAAACCAUGAAUAAUUAGUGGCUUUGUCUGGAUUGGAACUGUGAUGACUGAGAUGCUGAGGAUUAUGAUUGGUUGUUUUGAUCCUACUACUGUGUGGUGCUUGUGUUAAUCUGCUCUCUAACAAGUGUGUAUGCUUCCCCUUCCCCCCCAUCACUUCCAUUGGCAGACCCUAGCUACCGCUCCUUCCACUCUGGGGGAUAUGGGCAGGACUCCAUGGGCAUGGACUCCAUGAUGGACCAUGACAUGGGCGCCCACCACCCCGGCCCCGAAUACCCAGUCGACGGGCUGCCCUGACCUGGGCCACGCCCAAGACCUGAUCGAUGGGCUGCCCCCAGGCGACAGCAAUCAGUUGGCUUGGUUUGAUACUGACCUGUAAAUAGACUACUUUUUAGGUAAGGAGCUCUGUUAAGACUAGGCACCACGGCUGUGUGUUUGGGGAUUACAGGCUGGUGCAUGCUUGGACUUCUACUAAUGUGGGUGUGAAGUUUCUAGCUCUGAUCUUCUAGCUUUUCCUCAUGCUGUGUGGUCCCAUAGUAAUGCUGGUGCCUCUCUCCGCCUCUCCAGGUGUAUCGUCUGAUCUGAAUGAACCUGCAUUGUGAUUUGGCUGGAGAAGUUGCUGGGAGGUUUUUGAAAGUGGGCUAGUAUCUCAGAAAGUGCCUGACACAUUACUAAAAGCUGAGUUUCCUGUGGGAACACGUGGAGUGGAAGUAAAACUUUGUUCUGGUCUUUUGUGGGAGUUAAAACUGCGUUAAUGGAAUUCCUGGAGUGGGUUACUCGAAGAAAAUGACGCUCAAGAGUGGAUCUAAAGAUGGAAUUUAAAACCCUCGUCUGUAUUUUUUUACAUUUUAUUUUGUAUGAUUCUUCUUCAGUCUCUGUAACGGUACUGAUAUAGCUUGCGUUAUUAUACUCAUCUCUUUUUUUGCAGUAAUUUGUAUCCAUUUUAAGUCUCUCUCGUAGUGUUAAGUUAUAGUGGUAAUGCUCCAAUUAAAAUGAUCAAGUUAUGGUGUAGAACACUAAUCAGUUGAAUUGUAUUUGGAUCAAGUGUAACAUUGUGUAGCUUUUGUAUAAAACCAAGAAUUGGAAAUGGUCCAAAUAUUUUCUUGCUUUAAUUGUGCACUGUUUGUAGUGUCACAACUGUUCCAAAGGGUCUGUGGGGGAGGGGGCAGUGGAUUAUUUUUAUUUUAUUAUUUUAUCUGUCUUUUAGUUGAUAGCUGUUCAAGGAGGUGAAAAUAAUCCCUAAUUAUUGUAGCCUGCUGUGCUUAUUGGAGACAUGGUCAUGACAUGGCUAAACAAUAAAAAUGGACUUUAAUUUCA